CUCACGACCCACGCGACUACUGCAGGUAUAUCGCACCGAGUGAUCAUCAACACCCACAACAGUCGUGAGUCACGCGCGUGCACCGUAGCUCGCGCGCAUGGCUCGCCCUUUAGCUGUGCGGUACAGAGGAUGGCACGCGAUAUAGCUGUAGAGGAUGCUGGCACUUACGCGAUCGAUAAGGCAGGACGCGCACGACCUCGGCGCCACAUCGCAAUCAUCGUACUGAUAACUUGCACAUGCAUGGCAGCAGCUCGACGGUCCGCACCCUCUCCGCUUGCAUAUGCUGGUGCUGAUGGGACUCUUGACUCAUCAGACUCAUCAGAGCACCGCGAUAACCGGGCUACGGUCGACAGUCACGUGCAGUCAAUCAGAGGUUAUGUAUACAAUUGGACCGCACGCCUCUCCCAGCCCUCCAAUCGACGCUCGCGACAUCGUCAGGGGCGACUGCACAACGCAAAUCGUGACGAGCACGGCAGCGAGAGAGUCAUGGUGGCGCGUCGCUCAUAGAGCAAGAAGGGAGAAAGUACAACGGCGUGGCCUCGCAAAGAUGUCAGCGCUUUGCAAUGCCCUAUCAUUCCCAUCCGUUCCUCUUGACGAUUUUCUUUAGCCAGAGUCGCUCCCAAACGUCGCAGAAGCUGACAUUGCAAAGAGAUCCCAUGGCUUGAUGGUGCAAUCGUCGAGAAGGGCGUGACGCUACUCAAAAUUGCAU